UAUAUAAACACAUCACUUCUCCGAUCACUCCACCAUGAUCUCCCCCGCCGGCGAACAAUUCCGGCCAAACUCCGGCAACCUAAAUUACAAUUGCUCAAACACAAUUCCGAUUAGGAAAACGGAAACGGAAAAUUGAUUUCCAUUUCCGUUACGUUUUCCAUUUCAUUUACCAUGGAGGAUUAUUAUGAUGAAUCUAUGCUAAUUGAACCUGAACAGGAAUGGCAAACGGUGUCGUAUUCAAAGAAGAACAACAAAAAAAAGUAUGGUAAAUCGAAUCAACCGGAAGAAGAGGAUGAGAAUUCCGUUUUCAAAUCAAUCGAACAACAUGCGGAGGAGAGACGAAAGCGUAUAAUUGAAUCUCAGGAGAUCUACGAAGGUGCUGUUUCCGGUGGUGAAAGUUCAAUCGUCAUUGAUGAUGGAGAAAAUGGUGAUGCUGCUGGAGAAAGCGGCGGUGGUGUUGUUGAGGAGAAAAAGAGUAAGCCGAAGAAGGCGAAGAAACCUAAGGUUACUGUUGCUGAAGCUGCUGCGAAGAUUGAUAAUUCUGAUCUCGCUGUUUUUCUCGUUGAUAUAUCGGCGUCAUUUGAUAAGCAGGAAGAUAUACAGCUAAUGCGAUUUGCGGAUUACUUUGGACGUGCAUUUGCAAAAGUGAGUUCAUCUCAGUUCCCAUGGAUGAAGAUUCUCAGGGAAUCUUCAGUUGAUAAGAUGAUUGAUAUCCCUCUUUCUCAAAUUUCUGAGGAUGUUUAUAAGACAUCGGUUGACUGGCUUAACCAGCGAUCAUUCGAUGCACUUGGUUCCUUUGUGUUAUGGUCAUUGGAUAGCAUCAUUGCUGAUCUUGUACAGCAUGAAGGAGCUGUGAAGGGAUCCAAAAAGGCGGUUCAGCAAGUAUCUUCAAAAUCUCAGGUUGCCAUGUUUGUGGUUCUAGCAAUGGUAUUGCGACGGAAACCUGAUGUUUUAAUCAGUCUCUUAUCUAUAAUGAAUGAAAAUGGGAAAUACAAAGGACAAGAUAAGCUUCCAGUCAUGAUUUGGGCGAUCGCUCAGGCUUGCCAAGGUGAUUUAAUCGUGGGAUUGUUCAUGUGGGUACAUUUUCUUUUACCAUUGUUGAGCAGUAAAGUGAACAGUAAUCCACAGUCGAGAGACUUAAUCUUACAGUUGGCUGAGAGAAUCAUAUCCUUUCCAAAAGCCCGCGCUAUACUCAUAAAUGGUGCAGUAAGAAAGGGAGAACGUGUUGUACCUCCGUCAGCUCUUGAGGCUUUGAUGAGGAUCACCUUCCCAGCACCUUCUGCUCGAAUUAAGGCCACUGAAAGAUUUGAAGCUGUCUAUCCCAUACUGAAAGAGGUAGCUCUUGUUGCUGCCCCUGGGAGCAAAGCAAUGAAGCAGUUGACCCAGCGGAUACUGCCUUUUGCUAUCAAAGCUGUUGCGGAAGGUGUUCCUGAUCUAUCAAAGGAAGCUACUGAGCUAUCGAUUUGGUGUUUGACUCAGAACCCUGACUGUUACAAGCUGUGGGACAAUAUCUAUCUGGACAAUGUAGAAGCAAGUCUAAUAAUACUAAAGAAGCUGUCUACGGAGUUCAAGGUGCAUUCAGCUAAGGGACCUGAACUUGCUCCAUUGAAGGUGACCUUAAACAGUCUCAGACUAAAGAGUGAGAAGGCAUUGGCCAGUGUAGAUGAUGCUGCUCGUCAAGCGUCCUUGAAGGAAGUGCAGAAGUACUGCAAGAUUCUACUUGGACGGUUAUCCCAUGGUAACGGAUGCAUUAAGGCUUUCCUUGUUAUCAGUCUCACAAUGGCUGUGGGUGCUGCUUUUGUCUCCAAGGACUUGCAGUCCCUGGAUUUCAAGAAACUGUUGGCAGAUCGCUGCAACGAGUUGCAGUCCUUGGAUCUCAAGAAACUGGCAGAUCUUUGCAACUGCAUGCAGUCCCUGGAUUUCAAGAAACUGUUAGCCGAUUACAACUUGGCCUGAUACUUUCCCUCUCACUUAAGAGGGUUGUAAGUCGAAUCACCUACCUUUGUUAUAUGUCUAAAUUAUGUCCCGGCAUGGAGAAGCUAGCACAGCCCACAACAAUAUGGGUAGAGAAAUGAGUUGUUUUAGAAACAAAAAAACGAGGUUAGAUAUAGUAGAUGUGAUGCUGAAGUUUUUGGCCUCAGUUCACAGGGUUUGUGUGUGUGUAGUUUUUUUAUGGAAUCUGAACUAUUUAAGUAAUCGAUUUUCUUUGGCUGAA